AACAGCAGUUUUACAAUUGACCUCUGGACACAAUUUCAUAUUCCGUAUAUUGGUGUAACUAUUCAUUGGCUAACAUCUGAUUUCGAACUUCGACAAGGACUUUUAACUAUCGAAAAAUUUCCUUAUGGACAUUCUGGAAUUAGCGAUAAUGCAACGAAUAUGACAGCUGCACUACAACAAUUUAAUUAUCAACAUAUUAAUUGUUAUGCUCAUACGCUUCAACUUGCAAUAAAUGAAGUUAGAAAUGAUGGAAAUAAUUUGGAAAUUUUAUUAUUGGAUGAUAAUGAAUGGUCAGCAUUGCAGGAUUUAUUAAAACCCUUUGUUCAAAUUACGGAUAUUAUCGGUGGAAGUCAAUACCCAACGUUAAGCAUAAUGUGCCCAGUCGUAAUCAAACUCAAGUCCCAUCUUGUUGAUUUUAAAUCUCAUACCAAUCAAAUAAUUAAAAUCAGAGAUCCUAUUAAGCAACAAAUAGUAAUGUGUUGGCAAGAUAUUUUGUUAAUGGGAGGUUUCUUCUGUACAAAACGAAAUGCUACGAUGUUACAAAUUCCAACACUUUCUCUCAACGAUCCAUUAUAUCUUACGGAAAAUCCACUUAUAUUGUGGAAAUUACAUCAUAAAGCAUUGCCUAUUCAUCCAAGCCCGUAA